GACUCGAUGUUUUGCCCUGAUUUAGGGAAGCAGUACAAUGAAACGGAAUACUUCCCAAACCUUCCAAAAUUCACCAGCAGGUAUUAACCAUAGAUUAAAUGUGGUGAUCAUUUCUAUUCUUUUUAGGUUUCUUCCUCCUUUGGCUCCUCCGUUGGACGACCAAGUCUGGUGAGUUACCCUGUAGGUGUGACAGCAGUGAUUACAACAAGGAUCAACGUUAAGUCCUCUGUUGUACAUCCCAUACAUCUACAGCAGAAGGAGCAGUAUGUGUGUGGUGGCUUAUGUGUAAGAUUAACCCACUGCUCUUCCAGCCCCAGUUGAUUAGAUUCCGUAUUUGAAAGGUUUAAGGACAGCUUUACAGGCAAAUCUGUUUAAAAGACACAUUUUAUACGAAACACAAACGCAUAUUGUGGCUCAACAGGAUUUCGAUUGCCAUCCUUGACGAGAUACCGCGGUGAUGUCACAGCUGAACCAUGAUGAGCGUCUCAUCGCUCUGUUGAUAGAUGCUCAAUCACAAAUACCACUUGUCUGACACACCAGAAGGGCUGCAGUGACAAUCAGAAAUGCUGUGAAGCCUCAGAGCUCGGCUAGUGCUGCCUUAGAAUCGGACCAGAACACGUACUGCGGUGGAGGACACAGGGAGAAAGCUCAUGCAUUCUGAAAACUUGGAGGUGCCUUGUUUCUUCAGUUAUCAGAAAAACGAAGAUGAGGCCGUGGUGGACCAUGGAGGAACACGUUCCCAACAGGGAACUAAUUUUGAGCAGGAAGAUCUGGAAGGCCACAGGACUCUCUACAUCGGUGUCCAUGUCCCUCUGGGCAGCAGCAGGCAUCGCAGUCAUCGCAGACACCGUCACCAUGGAAACAAGCACAGGAGGAAGAACAUGGACCCGGCCCUUACGUUGGAUGAGGGUAGAGAGUCUCCUCAAUAUGACACUCCCUCCCAGAGGGUGCAGUUCCUGCUGGGGGCUGAAGAUGACGACGAGGAGCACAUCCCUCACGACCUCUUCACAGAGAUGGACGAGAUCUGUGUGAGGGACGGAGAGGAUUCUGGGUGGAGAGAAAGUGCCAGGUGGCUGAAGUUUGAGGAGGACGUUGAGGACGGUGGGGAAAGGUGGAGCAAACCUUACGUGGCCACGCUGUCUCUGCACAGUCUGUUUGAGCUGCGGAGCUGCAUCAUCAACAGCUCAGUCCUGCUGGACAUGAGGGCCGGCACCAUCGACGAGAUCGCAGACAUGGUCUUGGAUCACCACGAACUGUACUCUCCACUGGGUGAUGAGCUCAGACAGAAAGUGCGGGAAACUCUUCUGAAACAGCAUCAUCACCAGAAGCAGAAGAAGCUGAGUAACCGCCUCCCCAUCGUGCGCUCCCUGGCUGACAUGGGCCGACGCGCAUCGGAGCUCCAUUUGGACAAGAACGGUCAGCUGUUGUCUUCUCAGUGUCAUUUGGCCGCUCCAGAGGGGAAGAGUGACGUUAGCAGAGAGAACAGUUGUGUUGACCUCAGCAAGACAGACCUUCAUUUCAUGAAGAAAAUUCCACCAGGAGCUGAAGCCUGUAACGUGUUGGUGGGCGAAAUCGACCUUCUGAAUAAACCGGUGGUGGCAUUUGUUCGACUCUCACCAGCCGUUCUGCUCGGCGGUCUGACCGAAGUUCCCAUCGCCACAAGGUUUCUGUUCAUCCUGCUGGGGCCCCUGGGCAGAGGACUCCAGUAUCAUGAGAUUGGCAGGUCAAUUGCGACACUUAUGACUGAUGAGGUAUUUCAUGAUGUGGCUUAUAAAGCCAAAGACAGAAACGACCUGAUCGCUGGGAUUGACGAAUUCCUCGACCAGGUGACAGUUUUGCCUCCGGGAGAGUGGGAUCCAUCUAUACGGAUAGAACCUCCAAAGAACGUUCCGUCUCAGGAGAAGAGGAAGAAGAACCACAUUUUACCCAAUGGUUUAGUUGAAGGCGAGGAGGAAGAGGAGCACGGCGGCCAUGACGGCCCAGAGCUGCAGCGCACAGGAAGAUGGUUCGGUGGACUCAUUGUGGACAUCAAGCGUAAAGCGCCCCACUAUUUGUCCGACUACACUGACGCCGUCAGUCUGCAGUGCGUGGCCUCCUUCCUGUUCCUCUACUGUGCCUGCAUGUCUCCUGUCAUCACCUUCGGAGGACUCCUGGGCGAGGCAACAGAAGGACGCAUAAGUGCAAUAGAGUCGCUGUUUGGAGCCUCGCUGACUGGAAUAGCCUACUCUCUGUUCGCUGGCCAGCCUCUCACCAUACUGGGCAGCACCGGCCCGGUUCUUGUAUUUGAAAAGAUACUGUUCAAAUUCUGCAAGGAGUACGGCUUGUCCUAUCUGUCCCUGAGGGCCUGUAUCGGUCUGUGGACAGCCUUCCUCUGUAUCUUCCUGGUCGCGACCGACGCCAGUUCCCUUGUUCGUUACAUCACACGGUUCACAGAGGAAGCCUUCGCCUCACUCAUAUGUAUCAUAUUUAUUUAUGAAGCCCUGGAGAAGCUUUUCCACCUGGGGGAGCACUUUCCCUUCAACAAGAACAACAACCUGGACAAACUCACCAUGUACUCAUGUUCUUGUGUCGAGCCAGCUGACCCCACCAAUGGCACCCUGAAGUUCUGGGAGAUCAACAACAUCACCGCCUCAGAAAUCUACUGGGAGGCCCUGGAGGUCAAGGACUGCGUGGAGAAGAGAGGGGAGUUUGUGGGCAGUGCCUGUGGCCCACAUGGACCAUAUGUCCCUGACGUCCUCUUCUGGUGUGUCCUUCUCUUUUUUUCUACCGUCUUCAUGUCUGCAUUCCUGAAGGAGUUCAAAUUCAGCAACUACUUCCCCACAAGGGUGAGGGCCACCAUCAGUGACUUUGCUGUGUUUUUCACCAUUGUUACGAUGGUCUUGGUCGACUACGCCCUUGGAAUUCCCUCUCCUAAAUUAAAGGUUCCCAGUGUGUUUAAGCCGACCAGAGACGACCGCGGUUGGUUCAUCAACCCACUGGGUCCAAACCCGUGGUGGACGGCGGUCGUUACACUGAUACCAGCCCUGCUGUGUACCAUCCUCAUUUUCAUGGACCAGCAGAUCACUGCUGUCAUCAUCAACAGGAAGGAGCACAAGCUGAAGAAAGGCUGUGGGUAUCACUUGGAUCUCUUCAUAGUGGGGGUGAUGCUGGGCGUCUGCUCUGUGAUGGGUCUGCCGUGGUUCGUAGCGGCCACCGUCCUCUCCAUCACCCACGUCAACAGCCUGAAGCUGGAGUCCGAAUGCUCGGCUCCCGGGGAGCAGCCCAAGUUUCUCGGAAUCAGAGAGCAGCGCUUCACAGGCCUGAUGAUUUUCACCCUCAUGGGCAGCUCUGUGUUCAUGACCACGGUGUUGAAGUUCAUCCCAAUGCCUGUGUUGUACGGAGUGUUCCUGUACAUGGGAGCCUCGUCUCUCAGAGGCAUCCAGUUCUUUGACCGCCUGACACUGUUCGGCAUGCCGGCCAAGCACCAGCCAGACUUCAUCUAUCUGCGACACGUACCCCUGAGGAAGGUGCACCUGUUCACCAUCAUCCAGCUCAGCUGUUUGGUUCUGCUCUGGGUCAUCAAGACCUCCAGAGCUGCUAUUGUCUUUCCAAUGAUGGUCUUAGCGCUCGUGUUCGUCAGGAAGCUGAUGGACUGCAUCUUCACUAAGAGAGAGCUCAGCUGGCUCGAUGACCUGAUGCCAGAGAGCAAGAAGAAAAAGCUGGACGAUGCAGAAGUGGAAGAGGAGCAGAGUAUUCUGGCAGAAGACGAGGGAGUCGUUCAAGUACCACUGGAAGGAUACAAAGGAUUACCCAUCAUCAACAUCACUGAUGAAAUGUCAAAGGGUUCCUUUGGAAAUACAUGGAAUCCAAACAGCUGAGAACAGGACGAUGUUCUCCACAAAAACGCAACAGGACACGCUAAGUAUUUUUCGAUGUAAGAACCUCGGGAGGAAUGUGACAGAAAAAAACGUUGUGAGUCUUUCAUGUUGUUUCCUUACUCGUGACCUGUGACCCAACCUGUGGUUCACACCUCAUGAAUUUUUCACACUACAGCCAGUUUUGUAAAUGUUCCACUUGUUCGUCAACUACCAGAUUUUCUUUACUAUAAGUCGCUCCGCAGUAUAGAGUGCCCUCUUGUGGCUGUCAUUGUGAAAAUACCAAACAUAUCCCACAAUUCCCACCUGUGUAUAAUUCACAAACCCAGCCAAAGGAUGAAGAAAAGUGCGACUUAUAGUCCAGGAAAUAUGGUAGUGAUCAUUAGAUGUUUCUUGUUUUAUCAACAUUGUAACAGUCAACGUCCAGUGUGACUUAAGGAAGGUCUGGAUCAGCUUCUUUGUUGUUCUUCUAAUUUUUUUAUCUUCGUUUGAAUGACUUUAAUCGAGAACAUUUAUCUGAUUGCAGCAAUAUGUUACUGGAUGUUUUAUCCAAAAAAAGCUGAAGAUAUUAAAGGCAAUACAUUUCUGUAAACUCGUGCUCGUGUAUUAGUUGUAAACAGCACCUGGUAAAUGUGACUAGCAAACCUAAGACAGGCAGAGAUUUCUUUAAACACAACCAGUGAACAGACAAUGAUCUGCUGCUGUUGUGAAAAUAAAAUCCCUUCAUUUUAAUACAUAUUUUUAUGGAAGUAUCUAUGUAGAAGAGUUUGCUUUAAAUACUUAUUAACCUAAUGAUGACGUUCUGUAAUUAUCAUCCUGUCGUUUAUGUCUUUGAAAUAAAGGAUGUCAUAAAGACUUUUUUAGGUUUGUACGUCUUUUAUAUAUUUCAACCUCACGUUUGUUAUGGGUUUGAUUCAACAGAACACAACAAUAACAGUUCACAUACGGGAUGUUUGACAUUAACUUUUUUGCCGAUAUCUGAUACGCCCAUAUUGUCCAAACAUUUUUUAGAGAAGCUGGGUUGAGAGCAAUAAAGUAGUUUAGAAUGAGUUACUGCAAUUGUGUUCCAAUAAAAGUUCUUCAGAGCACUGAGGCAAAUGACUGGUCCGUCACUGGGGCAUUAGACUAGUUUUAGAGCACACGUCAUUUGGCGAAACACAGGCA